AUGGAUGAAUCGGACGACAGCUUUUUAUACCCGAAGGGAGAUGAUUCUCUUGUGUACAGCCAUCCCAACAAUAUCUUCGAACCGAAUAACUCCGAGAUCGCGUAUAUAAAAAGCGAGCUUCCCAAAUGUGACGACUCAGCGAGCCAGAUUAAUACGUCUAGUCAACUUGCGCAGAAAUUACUCGACGAUGAAAGCUUUGUGAUUCCAGAAUUAAAUUCAGAAAGUGUUUCUGAACCCGGCCCAGCGCCACAGCUGCUGUUCACAACGGGAGAUCUGCAAAGUAAACUUUCCACAAGAAGCCUCAAAUUCAAUAAGGACCUUUUUGCGGAUCUCGAUGGCCCUUUGGUAUCAAAAGAAAACCAAAGAAACAAGCCGAGAGGCCUUCCGACGACCGGAAAUAAACGAACAGUCACAUAUGGGAAGAAAUACUGGAGUCAGAAAUUAAAAGAAGACGAUCCUGACGACGAUUUCAGUCAAGAGCUGACAUCGCAGUACUUCGUCAAGCUUCAAACUCAAAAAUCAGUGCAAACAAAUGCUAUUCCAGCGAAAGAAAAAGUUCAAAACGGUGACGAAGACGAUGAAUUCGACUUCUCCGCGUACAAGCCACCACCAAAGAGCUCAUUCAAACCUCCCUCGAAAAACACAUCGAAGAUCCACAAUUCAGAAGUCGGAAAUGAUAAGAAAGCGUUUGCAGCUGUCGAGGGAAGGAAACUACCGCUUUCUGAGGUUGAUAUGAAUCAAAUAGUUCCUAAGAGUCCGAGAGAAACGAGCUUGGAUGUUUCGUUCGAUCCAUCGCAAGCCCUUUUCACCAAUUCGCCUUAUGGAGCGAGUCCGAUUUACAAGUCUGAAGAUACGGAUAAACCAAAGAAAUCAUCCGAAAAUUUGAGGAAGGAUAUCUUUCAAGGCUUGGACGAUUCCUUCGAAUUCAAAGGAUUCCAAACUGGACUCGGAGUCCCUGCUAAAAUUGAUGAAGCAGCCUUGCAAGCAGUUCGGGCUGCUGGCCCUGAAAGCAAGAACACUGGCUUUGAGAACUGCUUGGGAGUCAAGGCGAAAAUUGAUGAAUCGGCGAUCAGUGCAAGUAAGCAGCUCUUGAAUACAUCUAACGAGCCCGCCGCUUCUGCCAAGACUGCCGACGUUGACGACGAGUUUAGUCAGGAUUUGACAUCGCAGUAUUUUCUGAAGCUCCCAACUCAAACAGCGCCUCAACUAAAGAACACUGGCUUCCAAAAUUGUCAUGGAGUAGCGCCCAAAAUAGAUGAAAAUGCACUCAAAGCUGUCCGAGCUGGGAAUCCUCAAAAGUCACCUGAAAGAAAGAACACUGGAUUUCAGAACUGUUUCGGCGUAGAAGCAAAAAUUUACGAAAAAGCUCUGAAAGCUGUUCGAGCUAACAACCCUCCCGGUUCUCCAGAAAAGAAGAAUACCGGAUUUCAGAAUUGCUUUGGAGAAAAAGCGAAAAUUGACGAAAACGCGCUGAAAGCUGUUCGUGCCGCGGACCCUUCACGGUUGCUUGAAAGAAAGAAUACUGGCUUUCAGAAUUGUUUGGGUGUCAAAACGAAAAUAGAUGAAUCAGCGCUCCAAGCUGUUCGUGGUGCAGAUGCUCUUACGUCGCUUGAACGACAGAACACUGGAUUUCAAAAUUGUUUUGGCGUCAAAGCUAAAAUUGAUGAAUCCGCUCUACAAGCUGUCCGAAGCUCUAACCCUCCGAAAUCGUUUGAAAUAAGGAAUACAGGAUUUCAAACUGCCCAUGGCGUCCCAAUGCAAGUGAAUGAGGACGCACUGCGAGCGGUUAAAAAUUCCACAAGCUUGAAUCAGAAUACCUCUAAGCCGGAGUUCAGAGGCUUUCAAACAUGCCUUGGUACCCAAGUCAAACCUGAUGAAGCUGAACUCAAUUAUGUCAGAGGAAAGGAAGAGAAAUCCGUGUCGGUGGCAGACAACUCUCAGAAUACCACAGCUGAAAAUAUGAAUGCGAAGAUGGACAUGCUUAUCUCUGAAAUACCCAAGGAACCUUCAAAAUCUGCUACAUGUCCAUCACAAGCGUUUUUCGCUGAUGUCUGGGAAAAAGAUCUGAAAAAAGAACGAGAAAUGAAUCCUUUCGCAAAGCCACCUCCGAAUGCAGAUCAGCCCAAGCCGACUAUCCAAAAAGAAAAUGUUGCAAAGCCAGAUUUACCGAAGUCAACAAUCCAAUACAGAGAACUUCCAAAACCAGAUUUCGCGAUCAAGCCAUCUAUCAAGCGAAAGUCUGACGAGAAUGAAUUUCCGGCGAAGAAGUUCAAGCCAUCUCAUUCGUCAUCAGCAACUGAAUCGUUCAUUCCUCCUUCUAAAGAACCAAAACCUCCAGAACAUAAAGAAGCGAAGAGAAAGAGUCUCGAUGAAUUCAUGGCAAAAUUUGUUUCCGAAACUUGUCUAAAUUCAAUUCAUUUGCCCACCAGUUUGCGUCAUCCUCCUCUCGAAUCGUUGUGGGAGGAGUAUAGAGAUCUGCCAGACGAACCAACCGCGGAGACAAAUAUUGAAUGUGAAGCGGAUACAGAUAUUGAAUGUGAAGCGGAUACAGAGCUUAUUAAUAAACAAGAAUCGGAUUGUCAACCUUCUCAGCCGCCACGCAAGUACGUCUAUGUUCAACGCUUACCAGAGCCAAAGCCAGAAGAAGUAAAUGAACGAAGCUAUCAGUUUUGUGCUAAUUUCUUUCAUCCGGAAACUGACUCCAUUAUGUACAAAUACGCUCUUCUUGCGGAUGAACUGCGUCUCAAAGAGUUGCAAGCAAAGUUGACCAGUGUCAAAAGAUCUUCUUCAUUCGCCAUUCCAGUAAAAUCGGCUGCUAAGAACAAUUCGAAGCACAGUACUCCCAUCCCUACUCGAAGUAACAAACCCGUCAAAUCUCCAGAUCUUGCUCUUAGUCCGAUAAAAGAAGCGAAAUCAUCGGAGACAACCGGUAUGAUUAAAUAUAUCGCGGAAGAAGAUGAAGACUUCGAUAUGGACCUUGACGAAGAAACAGAAGAUCGUGUCAUGUCUGAAGAAGAAGUAAAGCAAUUAAAUGCAUUGAUCAGGAAGAUCGACGAGGAGAUCGAUUGUCGGAAGAAAAGUCAAGAAAACCGCUACGGAGUGCUGUUCCAAAGCAAGAAAUACUACACCGAAAGAGGCCAGACGAUUCCAUUGAGUCAGUUCAAGCCGCAAGUAAAUACAGAGGAUGAGCCUGCUGAUCCAGAGCGCAAUUUCAACUUGUUCGACUUUUGGCCAAAGGAAGAUAUUUUGGCUGGUAAGAAAACGUCCGAUGAUGGAACAUUCAGCUGCGCAGCAGAUGGAACUUUCGGCUCGCGACAUAUCCAGCGCACUCUUCACAGCUCGACGAUCAAUAGCUCGUUCCACUCUAAAUUGUCAAUUAACUGGGUAGAAAAUCACGCCAAACUCGUCAAGCAAAAGCUCGCUGGAUACAACAACUAUCUCGAUCACGAACUGCGCGAAAAGGUCUUCACCCCCGACGCGUUAGUCGACCAACUUCGACUCAGGGCUGACUUGGAAUUUAUCGACGGAAAGAGAAGUCUCAUUGUGAAGAUUUCCGAGCAGGAUGUUGCUCCGGCUAUGCCUGCUGUUCUUUUCAUUUCCUCCAAGGAGCCUCUCAGACUAUCAGAUGGCUGGUACGAAAUCAAAUGCGAUGGCGAUGCUUUGAUAAAGCAGCGUCUUGAAAAACUCCCAAUCGGUUCCAAAAUCCUCAUUUGUGGCGCAACCCUUGCCAAAGACGCUCAAGCUUCACACCCGUUGGAGAAUAUUUCCGAAAUUCACAUAACCGCGAAUUCCACGAAGCGCGUAAAAUGGUAUACGAAACUUGGGCCGUUUUACAAAAACGUUACGCCUUCGACAUUAUCUUCUAUUUCCUCCUCUGGCAGGAGUAUUUACAAGCUGAAGCUGAAAAUAACAAGAAAGUACCCAGAUAUUUGGCUUCAAGACAACCCAGCAAAAGAGAGCAAAGAUAGACGAGUAGUUUUUUCAAAAAGACAGCGAGAUCGAUGGCAUGCUCAGAAAGACAAAGAUCUGGACAAGCAAAGAGAAUCGCUCGCAGCAAGUAUCAGAAAGAAACAUCGAGAAAACCUCGACGAAGAUCUAGCCAACUUGACAAUCAAAGAAAUCAGCGUGCUAGACGAUCCAGAAGAAAUUUACACUGCAGUCACGCUUUCAAAAGACCCAGAAUAUACAAUUUCGAACUUGACUGAAGAACAACGGCAGAAAUACCAAAAAUUCGCCGAGAAGCAAAACUUCAAGAUAAACGAGACUUUCCAACGUGAGCAGCGACAAUCCAGCGGAAAAACGACAAAGAAAUUGAGAUUUAAAGUCAAGGAGGGAAAUAGAACCAAUAUUCUGCAAAUUGAUGAGAGCAAACUGCGCGACCAAUCUCUGAAAGCAGGAUCUAUCGUGAUCGUUGAAAUGGCAAACAUCGCAUAUCGAGGCCAAAUCACAAUCCCGAAAAACGGGAUCGUGCGUGUCAUUGAACAGGAAUUCGUGAAACCUGAGUUGCCCGCAGAAUACGCUAAUAUCCUUCCAGAACUCGCUGAGACCACAAAAGAGGUUGACAUCGUUGGAAUUGUCGUUCAUCUUGCACCUACAUCAUGCGUACUUGCUGAUAAUAAGAAGCAGUUUGUAACUGUUCAGUUGGAGAAAAAUACUUGGGACUUUGAAGCUCUCGACAAAAUUGUUCUUGUCGGAGCUGUACUCGCAUUUAAAAACUUGGAAGUCGACCGCCAAAAAGCAGCGCAACUCAAUUAUACCCACGUCUCCGAAGUACUUUCCCAGGUGUCCGACUUCCAGGGCUCUCGCGGCGCGCUUUUCAACCUCUUCAAUGCUUACAACAAAGUGCUUGCUCGCUCCGGCCACGAGAAGUUCAUUUCUGCCUAUCGAUCUUCACCCAAAUCUUCGUCCUUUUCUACACCGACGCGCCCCAUACCGAAUUCUUCAAUAAACCCAACCACUCCCCUUAGUUCCAGAAAACCACCCGGAAAUGCCGAUCGAAUGCACCAGCUGGAAAUGGCAGAAGAGAAGUGGUCCCGCUCGAGCUUCUCUUUCAACCAAACCUCAAACUAA